UUCGCACGUCAGUCGUACGACGAUCGCCUGCAAGUGUCCAACAAUGUCGUCCGCUUGUCGCGCAAUCGUUUCUGCUUUCAUUCUGACCGCGUUCGCGUGGUUUCGUACUAUCGUAGCCGCCGAUCCCCAGGCGCUGGACUGGUGGCAGACCUCCGUUAUAUACCAAGUAUACCCGAGAUCGUUCAAGGACAGUAACGGCGACGGCGUCGGAGAUCUAAAAGGUAUAGAAGAGAUGGCCGAACAUUUUAGUGAAACGGGCAUUGGAGCCAUAUGGUUAUCACCUAUAUUCAAAUCUCCGAUGGCCGAUUUCGGAUAUGACAUUUCCGAUUUUAUAAACAUCGAUAGCACGUACGGAACAAUGGACGAUUUCGUAUCGCUUCUAAAUAAACUUAAGUCAUUAGGUGUACGAACUUUAUUGGACUUCGUGCCCAACCAUUCGAGUGACGAACACGAGUGGUUUAAAAAGUCAGUAGAAAAGAUCACUCCAUACACGGACUAUUACGUGUGGAGGGACGGAAAAUUUGACAGCAAUGGCAAUAGAAUGCCUCCGAACAAUUGGCGAAAUUUUUUCGACGGCAGUGCUUGGGAGUGGUCUCCGGUUAGAGGACAGUACUACUUGCAUCAGUUCACGGCUAAGCAACCGGAAUUGAAUUACGAAUCGUCGGCUCUUCUGGAAGAAAUGAAGAACGUGCUGAGAUUUUGGCUGGACAUGGGUGUCGAUGGAUUCCGCAUUGACGCGAUGCCAUACUUAGUCGAAGAUAAUUUAUUCAGGGACGAACCGUUACUAGACAGCGUCACCGUUGACGACAAUCACACGUAUUUCAACCUCAAUCACAUUUAUUCUAGGGACCAACCGGCAACGUAUAAAGUCGUCGAAGAAUUCAGAGCGGUAUUAGACGAGUACACCGACCGAGACGGAAACACCAGACUAAUGCUAGUGGAAGCGUACGCGGACGUGAACUAUACGAUGAUGUAUUACAGCCAAGAGACGCCCCGAGCUCACAUGCCGUUCAAUUUCAACUUCAUCACAUACUUAAACAAAACUUCGUCGGCGGUAGACAUUAAAAACGUGAUCCACCUGUGGUUGGACAACAUGCCUCGUGGUCAAUGGGCCAACUGGGUGAUGGGAAAUCACGAUAACAAAAGAGUAGCUUCGCGGUUCGGUCAGGAUAUGGUGGACCCGAUAAACACACUGGUAAUGCUGUUGCCGGGCACAGCGAUUACGUACAAUGGUGAGGAGAUUGGCAUGGCCGACGGCACGGUCCGAUGGGAUCAGACGGUGGAUCCUUGGGGCAAGUCUGGAGGUAUGGCCAAAUACGAGAUGACUUCCAGGGACCCGUUCAGGACACCUUUUCAAUGGAACGAUUUACAUAACGCCGGAUUUUCAACGGCCCAGUAUACGUGGCUUCCGGUCAACAGCAACUAUUGGUAUUUGAAUUUGGCUUUUCAGAAAACGUGCGCCAGAAGUCAUUACCAAACAUACAAAAGACUGGUGCAACUCCGGUCAUUACUCACCAUAGCCCGUGGCGAUUUUUCCGCGCAUACGAUUUCAAAAUGGCUAUUGAUUUUCACCAGAAAACUUGAAGGUCAGGACACCUUUUAUAUUAUGAUAAACGUCGGAACGGAACAAGAAACAAUUACGAUGAAUGAACACUUUAAUGAUGUUCCACAUUACAUGGUUGUCCGAACUUCAAGCAUAAACGCUUGGUACGCCGAAAACGAUUAUGUAGACACGAAAAAAUCACUAUAUAUGAGACCAAAAUCAUCAAUCGUGUUAUCAUACUAAUAAACUUUCCAAGCCUGUAACAAACCACCGUUGUCUGAAAGGAUAAGUCAAUAAUUUUACUUGGGAAUCAUGCACAGGACGCAAAGGGCUAAACAAAUAUAAAGUAUUUAUAAAUAACGCACUGUUUAUUUUAAAGUUUUUCCAUUAAU